AUAUUUACAGCCAUUGGAAGCACCCACUGGUAGGAUCAGUUUCAACUCAGAGGUGCAAGGCGGUCAUUGAGCAUCUGUAAUUUCUGAAAAAUGUAGACCAGUAUCAUUAAAUACAGCUUGAUUGGGUUUGCCAACUGCUCAACUGCAUUUCUGAAUUAUCGCAUUAAACAUGUUUUAAUGCGAGGGGAAUAUUAAAGCGGACUGUGAACAGCAGCAGUGAUACAGCAUAUUUGCAGUGGACAGCAUCCACACGGGGAGCAGGACACAAUGGCCGAUAAAAGUGACUUAAAAGCCGAACUUGAGCGCAAAAAACAGCGCCUUGCUCAGAUCAGAGAGGAGAAGAAGAGGAAAGAGGAAGAAAGAAAGAAAAAAGAGUCAGAGACACAACAGAAAGCAGAAGUUGCUCCUGAGGAUUCAGAUUUGGACCGCAAGCGGAGAGAGACCGAGGCCCUUCUCCAGAGUAUUGGAAUCUCACCCGAACCUUCAUUAGUCCCAACACCAAUGUCCCCAUCAAAGUCUAUGAGCACACCCAGUGAAGCAGGCAGCCAGGACUCAGUGGAUGCGGCAGCAGCUGGAAGGACCCUGCAGUGGGACACCGACCCUUCUGUUCUCCAGCUGCAGUCCGACUCUGAACUCGGGCGUCGAACGCACAGGUUGGGGCCAUCUAAGAUAACUCAAGUGGACUUUUUGCCCAGAGAGGUGGUGUCUUACUGUAAAGAGACUCAGACUCCUCUUGCAGCCCAUCAGUCUGAAGAAGAUGAAGAAGAGGAUGAGGAGGUCACAGAACCAAAAGUUGGCCAGGAAACCGAACAGCAGGAAGAGGAUGAAAGCAAGGACACAAAAGAAGGCCACCCGCGGGAGCUGACGGAGGAGGAGAAGCAGCAGGUUCUGCACUCGGAGGAGUUCCUCAUCUUCUUCGACCGGAGCCUCCGUGUGAUGGAGAGAGCUUUGGCCGAGGACUCCAACAUCUUUUUCGACUACAGCGGACGAGACAUGGAUGAUAAGGAGGGAGAUCUGCAGGGUGGAUCCAGUCUCUCGCUCAGUCGUCUGUUCUAUGAUGAGCGCUGGUCAAAGCGCCGGGUCAUCACCUGUCUGGAUUGGUCUCCUCAGUACCCUGAGCUUUUGGUGGCUUCCUACAACAACAAUGAAGACGCUCCUCACGAGCCAGAUGGUGUGGCGUUGGUGUGGAAUAUGAAAUUUAAGAAGACCACACCAGAGUACAUCUACCACUGCCAGUCUCCAGUGUUGGCGGUGGGUUUUGCACGGUUUCAUCCUAACCUGUUGGUGGGUGGCACGUACUCGGGACAGAUUGUACUCUGGGACAACCGGAGCCACAGAAGGACACCGGUUCAGAGGACCCCUCUGUCCGCUGCAGCCCACACACACCCUGUAUACUGCGUAAAUGUGGUGGGCACCCAGAAUGCCAACAACCUGAUCACGGUGUCCACAGACGGCAGGAUGUGCUCUUGGAGUUUGGAUAUGUUGUCACAGCCUCAGGAGAGCAUGGAGCUGGUAUAUAAUAAAUCUAAGCCUGUGGCUGUAACCGGGAUGGCGUUCCCCACUGGAGACGUCAAUAAUUAUAUAGUCGGCAGUGAGGAGGGAACGGUGUAUACGGCGUCAAGACAUGGCAGUAAAGCUGGUAUCUGUGAGAUGUUUGAGGGCCAUCAGGGGCCAGUGACAGGCAUCAGUUGUCACAGCGCCAUGGGUCCUGUCGACUUCUCCCACCUGUUUGUCACCUCCUCUUUUGACUGGACUGUAAAAUUGUGGAGCACAAAGCAAAACAAGCCACUGUACUCUUUUGAGGACAAUUCCGACUACGUCUACGACGUGAUGUGGUCGCCCGUGCACCCCUCGCUCUUCGCCGCUGUGGAUGGCAUGGGUCGUCUGGAUCUGUGGAACCUGAACAAUGACACUGAGGUGCCUACUGCUAGCGUGACUGUAGAGGGCGCUCCUGCGCUCAACCGGGUCAGAUGGGCAUCUGGAGGAAAAGAAGUCGCAGUGGGAGAUUCAGAGGGCCGUGUAUGGAUAUACGAUGUCGGAGAGAUGGCCGUGCCCCAUAGUGAAGACUGGGCCCGUUUCGGUCGUACGCUGGUGGAAAUCCGUGCCAACCAUGGAGAUGGUGAGGAGGAGGGGCCUGGGGAGAUAUCGAGCUAAAGCGCAUAUCUAUCUAAACACAGACCCAGAUGUAACGCAACAGAUUAUCAGCAUGUCCACUAGUACUGUGCUGUUUGUUCCCGUUAAUGGUCCUUGAUUUGCUACUUUGGCAAUAGGUUUUGUUAUGUACGUUUUUGUUAUGCAAAAGUUUGUUGUACUUCAUGUUUGGUCUCAUUACUGUGAUGAUAGUUACUGGUAAACCAGUUAAUGGUGUUAAAAAUGUGAAUUUGAAGAUGAAAUAAUGCUGCUAGGAAUAUAUUUUUGAUGUUGGCUUAAUGGUGACUUUGCUAAACUUGAACUGUGUGUGUGUUUGUAUUUUUUACUGAACCCUUUGCAUGAAGUAUAAUUUAGUCAUAUACACUGUAAAAAGUGAAAGUUGGGUGUACUUAAAAAAAUACUUCAACUGGUAACACUUUAAAAAAUAUUAAUCAACUUACAUUUUCUAGCUUUAAAGGGAUAGUAUAAUUUAAAAUGAAAAUUCUGUCACCACUUUCUCAUCCUCAUGUUGUUCUAAACCUGUAUGAAUUUC